GUCGGUGAAUUGUUACGCAGCCUUAAGUACGGGUUACAAGAUGGCGGUCGCUGUGUUAGAGCGAUAAUAGCGAAAAACGACACUCGGGUAGUUUUUGUAUUAAAACAAAAAAGCGUACAUGUCGGAUAACGUUAAGCGUUUGUAAGUCGUCGUUUUUACCUGGUAGCCAUUUGUAGUUAGUUACCCAGUAACAUGUGGUUGUUAAGUGUGAAGUGUGAAAGUAGCGGUUGAGGAAAAAGAGAGACGUUACGGGGGAAGGAUUUUGGGGGGGGUUUCUGAUUAAGAAACAAAGCAUGUCGGAUACGAGGCGGCGUGUCAAGGUGUACACGCUGAAUGAGGAGAGGCAAUGGGACGACCAGGGAACCGGACACGUUUCAUCCGCCUAUGUGGAUCGGUUAAACGGUAUAGCGCUGCUGGUGCGGGCCGAGGCGGACGGCUCGCUCUUACUGGAGUCCAAAAUCAACCCGAACACCGCGUAUCAGAAACAGCAAGACACCCUUAUCGUUUGGUCCGAGGCGGAAAAUUAUGACCUGGCUCUGAGUUUCCAGGAAAAGGCCGGCUGCGAUGAAAUCUGGGAGAAGAUCUGUCAGGUACAAGGUAAAGAUCCGUCUGUAGAGAUCACCCAGGACCCCAUCGACGAGUCUGAGGAGGAGCGCUUCGAGGAGAUCCCUGAGACGAGCCAUGCGGUGGAGCUUCCCGCCUGCGAGCUCCCGCGCCUGGAGGAGAUCGCGGACCUGGUGACGUCGGUCCUGUCCUCUCCGAUCCGCAGGGAGAAACUGGCGCUGGCGCUGGUGAGCGACGGCUACAUGCAGAGGCUGCUGCAGCUGUUCAGAACGUGCGAGGAGCUGGGCGAGCACGAAGGUCUGCGCCACCUGUACGAGAUCGUACGCGGAGCGCUGUUCCUCAACAAAGCGGCGCUGUUCGAGGUCAUGUUCUCGGACGAGUGCAUCAUGGACGUGGUGGGCUGCCUGGAGUACGACCCGGCGCUGGUCCAGCCCAGGAGGCACCGCGACUUCCUCACCAACACGGCCCGCUUCAAGGAGGUGAUCCCCAUCACAGACUCGGAGCUCAGGCAGAAGAUCCACCAGACCUACCGCGUGCAGUACAUCCAGGACAUCAUCCUGCCCACACCCUCCGUCUUCGAGGAGAACUUCCUGUCCACGCUCACCUCCUUCAUCUUCUUCAACAAGGUGGAGAUCGUCAGCAUGCUGCAGGAGGACGAGAAAUUCCUGACGGAAGUGUUUGCUCAACUCACGGACGAAGCCACAGAAGACGGGAAAAGGAGAGAGCUGGUCAACUUCUUCAAAGAGUUCUGCGCUUUUUCGCAAACGCUCCAGCCGCAAAACAGAGACGCUUUUUUCAAGACGUUGGCGAAUCUAGGAAUUUUACCUGCGCUGGAGAUUAUUAUGGGGAUGGACGACCUGCAGGUGAGAGCCGCGGCCACGGAUAUCUUCUCCUACCUGGUGGAGUUCAGUCCGUCCAUGGUGCGAGAGUUUGUGAUGCAGGAGCCACAGCAGGCCGAAGAUGACGAUGUCCUGCUGAUCAACCUGGUGAUAAAGCAGAUGAUCUGCGACUCGGAUCCCGAGCUGGGCGGAGCCGUGCAGCUCAUGGGGCUCCUCCGUACCCUCAUCGACCCCGAAAACAUGCUGGCUCCGACCAACAAAACGGAGAAGACCGAGUUCCUCAGCUUUUUCUACAAGUACUGCAUGCACGUCCUCACCGCGCCGCUGCUGGCCAACACGGCCGAGGAGAGGAAAGAUUUACCAGAAGGAUCUACGAAAGUAAAGCCGGUUUGUCCAGACAACUUCCAGACAGCUCAGCUUCUCGCUCUGAUCCUCGAGCUGCUGACGUUCUGCGUGGAGCACCACACGUACCACAUAAAGAACUACAUCAUGAAUAAGGACCUGCUGCGGAGAGUGCUCGUGCUCAUGAACUCCAAACACACCUUCCUCGCCCUCUGUGCCUUGCGUUUCAUGAGGAGAAUAAUAGGACUGAAGGAUGAGUAUUAUAACCGCUACAUCAUCAAAGGGAACCUGUUCGAGCCCGUCAUCAACGCUCUGCUGGACAACGGGACGAGAUAUAACCUCCUCAACUCGGCCAUCAUCGAGCUCUUCGAGUUCAUCAAAGUGGAGGACAUCAAGUCGCUCAUCGCUCACAUCGUCGACAAUUUCUACAAAGCACUCGAGUCCAUCGAAUACGUCCAGACGUUCAAAGGCCUGAAGGGUCGCUACGAGCAGGAGAAGAACAGACAGAGCCGAGGGCUCGGAAGGUAUCGCCGUGACGCCCGGUCCGUAGACGACGACGAAGAAAUUUGGUUCAACGAAGAAGACGACGAAGACGAAGCGGACGCGGGGGUCGAGAAGAGAGUCGAAGACUUUCCGGAAAGCUACGGAAAGUUCAUGGGGGCCAAAAAAGUUAAAGAAAGCGAGGACAAAGAGAACCUCCCGAAGAGGACGCAGUCCGGCAGCUUCAAGUUCACCAUCUCGCAUUCUGCAGCCGCUGCCAACGGAAACAACGAGAAACCGGCGCCGUCGGCGUCCCCCGCCAGUCCCAACGGCUCCUCAGCCAAGGGUGCAUCGGUGGCCUCGACACCCGUGGUCAAGGCGGGACUGGUGGGUCUCGUGGACUACCCCGACGACGAAGACGAGGAAGGAGAAGACGAGGACGACGACCUGGCUCCACGAAAGCGUCCGCGUCUGGGCUCGUAAAAACGCGCCCCGCGAUCCCACGGUGCCGAAGAGUCCCAGAUUUAGGGGAGCUAGAGGAUUAGGACACGACCCGAACUCUCCUGCUUCAGCACAACCAUCAGACACGAGCACCAGAGCAGCCGUGCCACGCCGCGGUCACGCGACCCCUCUCCGUUUUCUUUCCUUUCCCUCGUGAUCUGGACGUGCCGAGCUGUACGAGCAGGAAUGCCGAACUUCUUCAUCACGGCUGGAGCUUCUUUUUUUUUUUUCUUUCUUUCUUCCCCUUUUCCACCAGAGAGCCGUUCAGCCUAGCAGGACUAGCUACUUAGAAAUAGAAGACUGAUUGGCUGAGCCUACUGAUGUGGUCGGGUCGAGGGAACAAGAUUAAAUAAGUGUGUGGGGAUGGGGGGAGGGGUUGGGUGGCAAGACCAAAAGGAAAAAAAAAUAAAUAAUUAAGCUCAGAAAAGGUCUGAGGAGCAGGACGUGGACGUUGUCUGUGUCCUUUGACUUGAAUCUAGAACCUCACGUUUAUGAAUUUAUCACCAGUAGUUGUACAGCAGUACUAUCCCCCCCCCUUUUUUAAAAUUGUUUACUUCAGUGGUGUUUUUUUUUUUUUUUUUUUAAAAAGAUUAAAAUGCCAGUGUACGUUGUUUUCCCUCUCUUUUGGCACGCAUUAACGCGGGGCGAUCGUCUACCCCCACCCUUUUUUUUCUUUCUUUUUUUUUUUUUCUUUUAAAAAAAAAAAAAAAAAUCACGUUUGUUUUAUUCGUUGAAGAAAACUUCAGUGGAAGAAGUUGUGAUGCUGAUUUUAAUAACGUAUAUUAAACAUGUAUUAAACUGCAGUAAAGUCAUUUUGCAGAUGAA